UGUGAGCAUAAUUACUAUGUGACUCACAAUUACUAGUGAUCCAGGUGGGUGUUCUCCCAAUGGAUGAAUCAAAGGUCAUCAUGAAAGGUAGAUUGGGUCCGGGAAUGAUGAUAACUGUUGAUCUACAGAGUGGACAGGUUUAUGAAAAUACAGAUGUUAAGAAGAGCAUAGCAUCACUUUAUCCCUACAGGAAGUGGCUGACUGAGAACAUGAGGACAUUGAAGCCCGUCAACUUUCUGUCAUCACUUGUCCUGGAUAAUGAUACAAUACUGAGGCAGCAACAGGCAUUUGGCUACUCCAGUGAAGAUGUUCAGAUGGUAAUUGAAACAAUGGCUGCACAAGGAAAAGAGCCAACAUUUUGCAUGGGUGAUGAUAUUCCACUAGCUGUAUUGUCUCUGAAACCACAUAUGAUCUUUGACUAUUUCAAGCAGCGCUUUGCACAGGUCACGAAUCCUGCUAUUGACCCCCUCAGAGAAGGUUUGGUCAUGUCACUAGAGGUGAAUAUUGGCAAACGUGGAAAUAUUUUAGGAGUUGGACCACAAAAUGCUUCGCAGGUUAUUUUAUCUAGUCCUGUUUUGAAUGAGGGGGAACUUGAGGCAUUGAUGAAGGAUCCUUAUUUAAAACCUCAAGUAUUGCCAGCCUUUUUUGAUAUUGGUAAAGGUUUGGAUGGCUCGUUGGAAAAGGCUUUGAAGAACCUCUGUGAGGCAGCUGAUGAAGCCGUUCUCAGUGGUUCCCAAUUGCUUGUCCUUUCUGAUCGUUGCGAGGAGCUUGAACCAACUCGUCCUGCCAUUCCCAUUCUUUUGGCUGUUGGUGCGGUCCACCAGCAUCUGAUUCAGAUUGGCUUGCGGAUGUCAGCUUCAAUUGUUGUUGAUACAGCUCAGUGUUUCAGUACCCACCAGUUUGCAUGCCUGAUUGGAUACGGUGCCAGUGCUAUAUGCCCAUAUCUGGCUUUAGAAACAUGCCGCCAGUGGAGGUUGAGUACAAAAACUGUGAAUAUGAUGAGGAAUGGAAAGAUGCCCACAGUGACUAUUGAGCAGGCCCAAAGGAACUUUUGCAAGGCUGUGAAAUCCGGUCUUCUUAAGAUUCUUUCAAAGAUGGGGAUUUCUUUGCUGUCCAGUUACUGUGGGGCGCAAAUAUUUGAGAUAUAUGGCUUGGGGCAAGACAUUGUUGACAUUGCUUUCUGUGGUAGUUUUUCAAAGAUUGGGGGACUGACUGUUGAUGAGCUUGCGAGGGAAACAUUAUCAUUUUGGGUGAAGGCUUUCUCAGAGGACACCGCAAAGAGAUUGGAAAACUUUGGAUUCAUUCAAUUCCGACCAGGAGGUGAAUAUCAUGGCAACAACCCUGAGAUGUCAAAACUGUUGCAUAAAGCCGUUCGUGAGAAAAGUGAGAGUGCUUAUGUUAUUUAUCAGCAGCAUCUUGCUAACCGACCAGUAAAUGUUCUUAGAGAUCUUCUGGAACUUAAGAGCAAACGUCCACCUAUUCCAGUUGGCAAAGUUGAACCUGCAUCUUCCAUUGUGCAACGUUUUUGUACUGGUGGAAUGUCUCUGGGAGCUAUUUCUAGGGAAACACAUGAAGCUAUUGCAAUUGCAAUGAAUAGGUUAGGUGGAAAAUCUAAUUCUGGAGAGGGUGGUGAGGAUCCUAUCCGAUGGAGUCCACUUGCAGAUGUUAUUGAUGGAUAUUCUUCAACGCUUCCUCACCUCAAAGGUCUCCAGAAUGGAGAUACUGCAACAAGUGCAAUUAAACAGGUUGCUUCAGGGCGUUUUGGUGUCACUCCAACUUUUUUAGCCAAUGCUGACCAGUUGGAGAUCAAAAUUGCUCAAGGUGCAAAACCCGGAGAAGGUGGUCAACUUCCAGGGAAAAAAGUUAGUGCUUACAUUGCAAGAUUAAGGAAUUCUAAGCCUGGUGUUCCUCUUAUAUCUCCUCCUCCACAUCAUGAUAUUUAUUCAAUUGAGGAUCUUGCACAGUUGAUUUUUGACCUUCAUCAGGUUAAUCCAAAGGCCAAGGUAUCUGUGAAGCUUGUAGCAGAAGCCGGGAUAGGCACCGUAGCUUCAGGAGUAGCUAAGGCGAAUGCUGACAUAAUACAGGUGCUAUCUCAUGAUCUUUGCGAUAACAGAGUUUCUUUAAUGCAUAAUUUAUGAUUUUCUACUAAUUAA